GUCCCACACUUCGCCCUCACUCUCUCUCUCUCUCUCUCCCUCUUCCCGAAAAAAAAAACCGCUCUAAAUGUAAUAACAACUCUCCAUGCGCUUCUCUGACGCUUAUGUUGUUUUUACGCACAUCUGCGGUCUGCUAUCGGCAGAUAUUAUCGGCAGGCUGAUGGUGUUAGUCCGGCGGUGGUUGAACACAGCAAACUGUGAGAAGGAGGAGAAAGACAGACAAGAGGAAAAAGUCUGGCAGCGCCGUUUUGGAGUUGGAGUUGCAGCGUAAAAAAAGAAAAAAGAAAAAAAAAAACCAGGCAACUCUAGAGGCACAUCUGCAAGUUAGGAAGAGGAGGAGAAGAGGAAAGAAGACACAUCUAUAUAUUUUUUUCUUUUUUCGCCUGAGAAGAUUUUUUUUAAAGUCGAGAAUUAGAGGGGAAUUCACCCAGAGAGAAUUAUCCCGUCUCCAUGAGGUCUUGAGGAAUGAACAAUCGUCAUGGAAACCCAGUCCCAGGCCAGUUCAGCAGCUGAGAAGAAGAAGAGGGUGGAGACCAUCGUGGCUACCAAGGGCUCAUUAGCACGAAGUGACAUCAGUGAGAAAGCAGUGGCCUCCAGCACCACCUCAAACGAGGACGAGAGUUCAGGCACGCCUUACCACCGUGAGAGGCGCAACGCCAUCAGCUCUCAGGUCCCGACGCCUGGCGCCCCUGACAGAAGCAUAAAUGAGGAGCCCUCUACGUCUACGGAGGAACGCCCUUCCUUGCUCAAGAAGGAGCAGCACGGUUCCCUGCCACAUCUGGCUGACCAUGCACUUCCAUACCGGGGCACGCUGUUUGCAAUGGACCCCCGCAACGGCUACCUAGACUCGCACUAUCCUGCUCCACAAUUCUUCCCCACCUUCCACCCUCCUGUGCCAAUCGACGACAGACAUACCCAGGGACGGUACAUCUACGAUCCUUCGCCUGUGCCCCCUCUUCACGUGCCUCCUGCUCUGGCGGGCAGUCCAGCUUUCUCCGACAUCUCCCUCAUCCGGAUCUCGCCCCAGCGGAACCCGUCUGUGGGGGCUGAGUCGCCCUUCCACCAUCCACACCCCUACAUCAACCCAUACAUGGACUACAUCCGCUCUCUCCACAGCAGCCCCUCCAUCUCCGUUCUGUCAGCCACCCGGGGCCUCAGCCCUGCAGAUGCCCCUCACACAGGUCUGACCACAGCUGAGUACUACCACCAGAUGGCUCUGCUGGCGGGCCACCGCAGCCCUUACACGUCUGACCUCCUACCGUCAGUGGCAUCCGCCGCUGGGGCUAGCAGUGCCAGCGCCCUGCACAUGGAGUAUCUGCAGGCGAUCGACAGCUCUCGUUUCCCGAGCCCGAGGCUUCCGUCGCGACCCAGCAGGAAACGCCCUCUGCCCAUCUCACCCCUCUCUGAGCACAGCUUUGACCUGCAGACCAUGAUCCGCAACUCGCCCAACUCCCUCGUCACCAUGCUCAACAAUUCCCGCUCCAGCUCGUCUACCAGCGGCUCUUACGGUCACCUCUCGGCUGGGGCCAUCAGCCCAGCAUUAAGUUUCGCCUACCCUCCGACCCCGGUGGCUUUGCAUGUGCACCAGCAGCUGAUGGGCCGUCAGCCGGGCAUUGUUGGCUCUGCCUUUGGCCACAGUCCACCUCUCAUCCACCCAACACCAGCCUUUGCCACCCAGCGACCCAUGCCUGGCAUCCCACCAUCUGGACUCAGUGCCAGCGAGCGCUCAGUCAUCUCCAACGACUCCUCGCAGGCAAAACCAACGAGUGAAUCCGCUGUGAGCAGCACAGGAGACCCGAUGCACCACAAACGUUCCAAAAUGAAACCAGAGGAAGAAUUGCCGAGCCCGGGCGUGGUGAGCAUACAGGACAAUCCCGACGGUAUGACUUUGGUGAAGGAGGAAGGGGACAAGGAUGAGAGCAAACAGGAGCCAGAGGUAGUUUACGAGACAAACUGCCACUGGGAAAACUGCUGCCGUGAGUUUGAUACGCAGGAGCAGCUAGUACAACACAUCAACAAUGACCACAUCCACGGAGAGAAGAAGGAGUUUGUGUGCCGGUGGGAGGAAUGCUCUCGAGAGCAGAAGCCCUUCAAGGCACAGUACAUGCUGGUGGUCCACAUGCGCAGGCAUACUGGGGAAAAACCGCACAAGUGCACAUUUGAAGGCUGCACCAAGGCCUACUCUCGUCUGGAAAACCUGAAGACUCACCUACGCUCCCACACCGGAGAGAAACCGUACGUGUGUGAACACGAAGGCUGCAACAAGGCUUUCUCCAAUGCAUCAGACCGGGCGAAACAUCAGAAUCGAACACACUCAAAUGAGAAACCGUAUGUCUGUAAAAUCCCGGGAUGCACAAAACGCUACACAGAUCCAAGCUCCUUACGGAAGCAUGUUAAGACGGUACACGGGCCGGAGGCGCACAUUACCAAGAAACAGCGGGGCGAUUACCCGCGCCCGCCGCCCCAGCCCCGGGAGCCUGGGGGGAACGGCCAGGGUCGCUCGCCAGGGCAACUUCCGCUGGGCGGGUAUACGGACCAAAGGGAGUACAACCACUCUACCUCAAAACAGGACGAUUGUCUGCAGGUCAAGUCUGUCAAGACAGAGAAGCCCAUGACGUCUCAGCCAAGCCCUGGCGGUCAGUCUACAUGCAGCAGUGACCAGUCCCCCAUCAGCACCUAUCCCAGCAGUGGAGUCCAGCUUGCUGUGAGCGCCGGACGCUCGCCAGGGGAGGGGCUGGAGGAGGACGAAGAGAAAGAGGAAAACGAAGAGGAAGUAGAGGAGGAGUGUGAGGGUGAGCCAGCCCCCAUCAUGGACUCCACUGUCUCCACAGCUACCGCGGCCAUGCUGACCCUCCAGGCGAGGCGAAGUAUCGGCCGCCCUCUGCGAUGGAUGGAGCACAUCAAGAUGGAGAGGCUGAAGCAGGUGAAUGGAGCGCUGCCCAGGCUGGGGCCCCUGUCCCCUACACCGCCCCCCAAAGCUUCUGCAGUACCCAACAUGUUGGGGAAGGGAACCUGUCUGGGCAGGCAGUGGGGGGUGUCUGCCCCUCAGCCACCUGCUCAUGCUGAGCUGGGCAGCACAGAGCUAACAGUGCUCAACUUGCUCAGAGACCGGCGUGACAGCAGCGGCAGCGCCACCAGUUCAGCCUACCUGAGCAGCAGCCGGCGCUCCUCCGGCAUCUCCCCCUGCUUCUCCAGCCGUCGCUCUAGCCAGGCUUCCCAGAGCGAGGGCACGGCAGCAGCCGCCCACCACCGCCGCCACCACAACCUCAGUUCCACCGACUCUUACGACCCCAUCUCCACCGAUGCCUCCCGUCGGUCCAGUGAAGCUAGCCAGUAUGGAGGGGGAUCACGAGGGAUGCUCAAUUUAACCCCAGCCCAGCACUAUCACCUUAAAGCCAAGUAUGCAGCAGCAACAGGUGGCCCGCCUCCUACGCCUCUACCCAACAUGGAGCGCAUGAGCUUGAAGACACGCAUGGCCAUGAUGGAUGAGGGUGGUAGCAACCACUGUUUGCCACCUCUAGUCAGGCCACCUCGCUGCAGUGACGGCACCAGUGGGUACAGCAAUGGCUACACGGGACAUGCAGGUAACAGGAGGAGGGUCUUCUACCCUGGUGAGGGACCACUGAGUGGAAACCGGAGGGCUAGCGACCCAGUGCGGACGCAGGCUCCUGAAACUUGUAGUUUCCCUCCGGUGCAGCGCUUCAGCAGCCUUAAUAACCUCCACCCUCUUCCGCCUCUUGCUCUGCACUGUACGCCUGAGUCUCGAAAUUUGAACCUACAGAACUACACGCACUCAGAAGGCAACCUGCACAGAGGCCUGCAGCACUCGCCAUACACCCCUAGCAUUGCGGAACAAGCGGCCUUAGAAGCUCUGGCAAUGGAGGACAAUGGGGAGGCUGAGCUGUUGCUUGGGGAUGAGGAUAUAUUACCAGAUGAUCUGGUGCAGUAUCUCCACUCCCAAGUUCAGUUGGACAAUGGCUCCCACAUGCACAAUGAGGACCAAAUAGCUUCUAGCCAAAGGGACACCUCCCACCUAUCUAUGGAGGAGAUAGACCAGAUCCAAACUCCGGGGUCAAAUACGGCCUUCCCUGGGUCCCAUAGUCUUCAGCAGCAGCAGCAGCAACAGUUACGAGAGAGGAAGAGCCCCAGUAAACUUCCCAUCCAAUGGAAUGAAGUGAGCUCUGGGAGUGCUGACAAGUGUCCUCCAAGGGAUCAAAACCACCAUUCGCAGUGUAGAAGGUGGCCUAGCACAGAACACGGGCCUGUGUCUGCACCUUUUGGCAGGUUUGGAAACAUGGUUAUUCAGCAGCAAGUACCCGUUGAUUUCCAGAACAGUUGCGCCCAAGCUAAUCAGUCUCAAAGUGCUUGCUGCGUAAACCCUGGAGUGAAGCUAGAGACAUCACCUAACUCCUGCUUGGAAAUGAGAGGUACUGGUCAAAACUCUACAAACAACUUUAAUAGGUCUAAUUUUACACAGAUCAGCAAUGGACCUUUUCCCCAGGGCUUCAGAGAGCAGGCCUCCAACGGAUUUCAAAAACAGAGCCACUUCCAUCAGAAGCACAACAGCAGCUCUUGCCAGGUAGGAAACAACCUAAUCCUUAGCAGAGCCUCCAUGGAUUACCUCCCCAGCCUCUCCCAGGGGUCUGCUCUUCAUCACAAUCGCCCGGUACAUGUUCCUCAUCCACCAAUCAACAGGAACUUGGGCAGAACCCAGCAAUACCUCAGUCCCGGGAGCACCAAUGAAAACGAAUCUUGCGUCACUCAACAAGCACAACUGCAGAGGAGUGGCGAGAGCUGCUCCCUUGCGAAUCAAGUUUCUGGGCUGAAGCUGGAGUCCCAGGAUCAUGGAUACUUAGAGCAGGGCUUUGUUGACUGCCCCUCUUACGAACCAGCAGAUCAUAAGACCUCCACAUUCCAUGUUCUGGAAGAUCAGUGCUUGUUGGACUCCAUAGCUGCAUCUGAGGGACAAGGUGGUGGAAGCGGCAACAGGGUUUCGGUUGCUCUUCUCUCCCCUGGUGCAGAUCAGGUGACCAGCACAGUGGACGGUAGUGUUCCCGGUGUUUUAGAUGAAGGGGUAAGUCUGGACUUCGGUGCCAUGCUGGAGGAUGGCUAUGACCAGGGCAGCUUGGUCUCAGGAGCGUUGAGUCCCUCCGUCUUCCAGGGUCUGUCCAGGACCUCCUCACGCCUCACCACCCCUCGGGCAUCUGCUGCCUUCCACAGUGUGGUCCCUGGCCUAAACAACAUGGCCAUCGGAGAUAUGAGCUCUCUCCUCACCACCCUUGCUGAGGAGAGCAAGUUCUUGGCUAUAAUACAGUAGCUGCUCUCUUUCUCUCUGCUUUCUCCUCCCGUAGAAAAAUAAAGGAAAAGGAAGAGGAAAAACUCUGGUGUAUGUGAAGACAAAGUUAAAAGCGGUAAUUAUGAGAACUUUAUGUACUUAGAAGUGUUCUGAAACAGGCAGUUGCCAAGCCCUUGCUUUUUUAUUUUGUAAAAAUGUCAUCCUACAAAGAAACGGGAUGUGUCAAAAAUUGUGUAUAAAUAAAUAGUUAUAUUCCUUUUCUGGAAUGAAGGCUAUUUUUGGAAGCCCUUCUCUUUGUAAAACUACGUGAUGGUGAGCAAAAGCUCACGCCCUUGAAUCAGUAUUCUGUGUAUUGUUACUGUUUUUGCUGUACGCCCUGUCGGUAAAAAAUAAAAUUAAAAUAAAUGCAUGUACUCAAGUGAAACAUUUAACACUGUCUAUACGAGUGCAUAGACUAGCCCACGUGCCCACGUAUCAGUCGUGCACCGCUCCCACUGGUACAAAGCAAAUGAAUCCAUUGUCAUCAUAGGAAGUGAGACACGGGUCAUGAAUUCAACAGGCCCCGAAAGCAACUUUAUAUAUCAUAGGUUUUAACAAGUGGUAUAUUUACAUUUGUUGUUACGUUUUUGUUUGUACGUUCCUUUUGCGAAGCUGUAAAUGUUUCAGUGCUUCUACCAAGUUUUGCCAAGUGGUGUUUUUCCUCGACACGGUAUCGAGUCCAAAACGCGGACCACACAUCCGAGUCUUCAAGGCGCCGUAGAUUGUUGUCUACUUAAUAUCUAAAUGGCUUGAUUUUGUUAGUCUGGUAAGGUACUCACAAGUGUAUAUAACUGUUUUUAUAUUCUGUUUGUUUUGUUGACGUUGGAUUGCACGGUUGUUCGAAGCUGAUGUGUAAAUGGACUUUCUCUCCUUGAUUUGGUGCUUUUUUUUUUAAAGAAAAACAAAAGAAAUAACAAAAAACGAAAGAUGCUUACAUGGAUUGAUUUGAGUACUUUCUAUGGUUUUGAAUUGUCUUAAUAACUGAUGGCGGUCCACAGCACACAGCGUUUUCCGCUCCCAAUGAAAAGUGCUGUACAGUGACAUGUUUUGUUUUAUAGGAAAUCAUGCGUAUCGUUCUCUCCAAAGCUCUUAAAUUCAGAAUGUGUACUGCCAUUAAGUAUUGCAGUGACUUUGUCAACAGUGUUAGUAUUGCCUUGCAGUCUUGUGUGACUGCACACAGAAUAUCGAGUAGUUUACCUUUUACUCUGCAUCAAAGCAGUGAGGUACAAACUGUUUUAUUGUUUUUUGGUACUUUUUUGGUCAUUUUUGUAGCUGUGCAUUGAUGGUGUUUACUUUCUUUGGUUUUGUUGUGUGUUUUUUUUUUUCUUCUUCAUUUUUUCAAAGAAGUAGAAAUCAUUUCCCUUUGAAAGAAGGAAAUUUCAGAGGUAUGUGCCUUAUAUGUAUCUGCCUGUCAGAAAAGAAAGAGAUCACUGCCAAUCUUCCAUUGUGAAUUAUGAAAAGAAUAAAAAGUAAACAUGUAAAGUGUCUUGUGGGGUCUGAAAAAAAGAGAAAAAUCACAGAACAUUUAUAUAAGAAAAGUCUGGAUAUCAGAAAAGUUGAGAUUUGCGAAAUGCAUUCUACUUUUCUUUUUUUUUUUCCGUUGUUGUUUUUACAUUUAUUGU